UCAUUUGACAAACGGAGGGGUCGGUCCGUAAAUAAAAGUGAUACUAAUAAAUUCAGAAUGAAUCCAGAAGGCGUACUUGCUUGUUGCGCCGUCUGUAAUGAAAAAACACAUCGUAGAUGUGCGCGUUGCCUAAAUAUUUAUUACUGUAACACAGAACAUCAAAGAGUGGAUUGGCGGAGACAUAAAAGUGAAUGUGUACCCAAGAUAGAAAAACAAGUUUCACGCAACGAUAAAGUAUCUCAAAGUACCUCAUAUAACGCAAAAGAAAUACAGAAAUCCAUUGGAAUAUCACAAUCUUAUAAUCUUCAUAAAGAUGAUAAGGAAUUGAACUUCAAAUCUGUAGAAAGUGAAAGUACGAAUUGUAAGUCAAAAAGAAAAAGUUUGCAAAAAGAGGGUAGCAAAACUUGUAUUGACAACAAAACCGUAUCGAGUCUUGCAAACAAAUCGCCUAACUCCAGUCCUGUAAACAAUAUAGAAAGUGCCUUAAAAAGCAGAAGUGUUAUAUCAAGUGUUGUGUAUACAAACAAGGAUUUGUCCAAAACUAGUGCCAUAACAUACGAAGGAUCUUCUGAACAAGAAAUACUCAGUGAAAAGGCUCAACAGUUGAACACUGUGGAGUUUUCUGCUAAUGUUUCUGAUGUAAACAAAUGUGAUGUGAAGAUGCCAGCUCUUCCAAGGUAUAACAGUGAACAUCGAACUAAAAUCAAAGAGUAUCCAGAAGCGUCUUUGAAGGGUAGUAGCGCACCUUUCAGCAAUAUGGUGAACAAUUAUUAUAUGGACCCGAGUGAUCCCAAUUAUGAGAUUUGUCAUAGAGUAAUUAGGGACAUGACUCAGUAUGGUGUUUGUGUAUUGAACAAUUUUCUAGGUAAAGAACGAGGACUAUUAGUGUUAAAUGAGGUAUUAGAUAUGCACCGAUCAGGAAUAUUUACAGCAGGGCAGCUGGUGUCAAACCCUGGGAGUACUGAGGCGCAGACGAUACGCAGCGACAGGAUCACGUGGAUCGACGGAAAGGAGCCACAUUGCUACCAUAUAGGACAAUUAAUUAGCCAGGUCGACAAUAUAAUACUGAAGGCGAACAAAAUGGCGAACAACGGGAAAAUGGGAAACUACAUCAUCAAUGGUCGAACGAAGGCGAUGGUGGCGUGCUAUCCCGGCUCCGGCAGCCACUACGUGAAGCACGUGGACAACCCUAACAAGGAUGGCCGCUGUAUCACCGCCAUCUAUUAUCUGAAUCUCGACUGGGACGUCAAGCGGUGCGGGGGAUUGCUCAGGGUGUUCCCAGAAGGCACGAACCAGGUGGCGGACAUAGCUCCUAUAUUUGACCGAAUGUUGUUCUUCUGGUCAGACAGACGGAACCCGCACGAGGUGCAACCAGCUCACGAUACCAGAUACGCGAUCACCCUCUGGUACUUCGAUGCUCAGGAGAGAGAAGAGGCUCUACGUAAUUACAAACGUGUUCAGCCGUCUUCAAGCAAGUGAUGGUUGCUAUGAGGGUCUGUAGCCCACGCCUGACGCAUACUUAGCAGUGUCCACGAACUACGUAGGUUGUGUUGGUUCCGUUCUAGUUGAGAACAGUGAAAUAAUAAACUAUAUCACUUGUGUAAAUAUUAGUGCAGUGAAUGUAUGGGACGUGACAACGAUUUGUAUAAGACAGAGAUUAAUGUAAACUGUAAUAGAAAGUAAUGUAUUGAGGUCAUCGAGACAAGAUAAAGACUAUAAAACAAAUAGGGAUUCGGAACAUUUUUAAUAAAAUUUCAUUAUUAUCAUAUCAGCCAGAAGAUGUUCACUGGUGGACAAAAGCCUCCCCCAAAGAUAUCCACGACGACGCAAAGUAUUCUGGCGAUCUUGACCAGAUCAUCGGGCCUUCUUGUGGGAGGCCUACUAACACUAUUCUUCCGGUACGUGGUCGCCAUUCGAGGACUUGCCACAACGACCAUCUGUCCAUCGAAUUAUGUGCCCUGCCCACUGCCACAUAUACAUACAUACAUUUAAAAAAAAAUUAAUAAAACCAAUUCAAGUAUUCUUGUGAUGAUAUCGUCUGCCCAUUAGAAUGCAGUGCCGUUCAGGAUUCUAGAAAUAUCAAAAUGGUGAGUGCUAUCGCAACUGUGCUCGUCACUUCAAGACAUAAGAUGUUAAGCAUCAUUAGCCCAGUAAUUUCACUAGCUACGGCGUCCUUUAAAUCGAAAUUCAAAAAUGUUUGCAUAUUACUGCUCGGCGGUAGAAAAACCACAGUACAAGUAAUGGAACAGUAGCGUAACUCAGCGGUCUCUUUGACAUUUAUAACUACGUCUGGGCAGAUCGCUAGGGUUGGUACAUACAAUAAGAUUGACGAUGCGGACGGCGCGGUGUAGUUAAUUUAAAUUGGAUAACGAAAGUCGCGGCAAAAAAUAAUAGUUUUGUCUCUCCAAGAUUGCUUAGCGGCCGUGUAUAUCGUGUGUAUGUGUGCGUGCGGGCACUUUUAGUAUGAAGUUAGAGUACUGUUCUAUUAACUGUAUUGUAACCUUACCAAGGCAUCCUGUGCAAAUCUGACUUCCAUUGGUACAAUCAUUAUAAUUCAAUAUAAAUACACUAAAAUUCUAUUAAAAAAUCAGAUUAAAACAUAAAACAACAAAACAAGCAUGAAUGUAUUACUCCGAAUGCAUUCUGAAUGUCAACUCUUCUAAUGACAGCUCCCCUGUACCAUAACCAAAUGUGACUGUCGCUCACCUUGCCUUGACGUUACUGGUAAAUGUCAUUGUUUACAUUUUUUAUCUUCUCUCGGUGGCCUUAUUGUAAUAUAUGAUCCUAAAAUUAAAUAUAAAUCUAUUUAAACUAAGAUAAUUUGUAUAUACCUGCAUCAACGAAUUAGUCAUCGUGCAGUUAAAUUUUAUUUGGUGUUUCUUUACAUCCCGUUUUAAAUUACAUUUCAGAAAUUUAGUUACAAACUGAACGUCUAAGACUGGGAUAGAAAUAGGUCAAAGUAGUAAUUUGUAUGCUUGUUAGGAGUCGUAUUAUAAAGUUGGAUCGCAUAAAUAUCCGACUUCAAGAUGCGGACAGUCCCCGCACGUUGAGAUGGGGUCGGGCCACCAUUUUAGUGACGUCACAUACAUUGACUUAACAGCUCACCUAUAUUAUCCACUCGCUCUUUGGUUGAUAGUUGUCAGAUCUUUGAUAUUGUAACUACAUAACUGGCAAUGGUUUUAAAUAGGUUAUUCUUCGAUUUUUUUUAAUAUGUUCUAAAAUUAUCGUAAAGAUUCGAUAGCCAAGUGGUAUUUUUAAUUCCUCAAAAUAAUUCCACACAAAAAAAAAUUGUCUUAAUAACAUACAAAGAACCGUCAAAAUCUGUGCAGCACAAUUGCUGCACAGAUUUUGACGUUUCUUAUAGAUUUUACUAAUAAUAAAAAUGACCUUUCAUAGUCCGUAUCGUUGGUGUGUUGCUAAACAACAAAUUGUUUCUGCUACUGUGACGUCACAAAAUGGUGGUCGGCGUUUUCGGUCACGUGACAAAAUAGUAUGAUUUUUUAUAAAAAUAUAAUGAAUUCUCAUGUUUUCAACAUACUUUCAUAAUUUAAUUUUGAUAGUUGAACUUGACCUAUUUUCUCCGUUUAUACUGAGACACCAUAGAUAUGCGUAAUUAGAAUUUAUUAAUCAAUUAUUUAAAGGCCAGUUUUUAUGUAAGCCAUUAACUUAUUUAAUAUUAAUAACAUUGUUGUUAUUAAAUUCAUAUUUAUCAUAUUAAGGUAUUACAUCGAUAAACUAUCAUCAUAUUAUCAUAUUGUUAACCAGCCUAGCGAAACUCUAAGAAAAAAGCGAUUCACUCGAUUGUAUGAAACGUGCAGUCAUUGAUAGCUUGACAGAUGACGGCUAUAAUCUUGUAAAACACGGAGAUAGCCGAAAUCCACUAUGUUUUAAGUAACUGUUCGCUUUCAAACUCAGCCGGAUUAUACGCCAUACUGUAAUUACUACUAUUACAAACUAAUGUCAAAUCACUGCACGUUUCAUACUAAACUUCAAUUUUUACUUUUUCUUUUUCCCGCCUCUUAUUACGUAGUAUUUACAUCCUCUUCGGUGUUAUUGUAUAUUUCUUCUAAAGCUACUUUGAGUGCUGUUCUUCUUUUAUCACAAGUAUUUAAAACUUAAAGGUUAUUUAUUGGGUUCAGUUCGGUUAUUUCAAAUUAACAACUUUUGUAUGUUUGUAUUGAUCAAGCAAUAUCUAUUGUUUAAUGUAGCAAAAAGCGUAAAAAGUAGAGUCGGUUAAAUGACGUCCAUAUUAGUAAUAUGUUCCAGAUAAAAAUUUUUGACUACCCUCAUUGCUUCCAAAGGGGCCAUCCAUAUAUUGAGGGAGGGAGGGGGUCGAUGACGCGUUGACAUUGUGGGCAGCCACCAAAUUUGUGACAUAUUACAGCACUAAAUUUGAACUACAUCCCUACUAAAGAAUAACAGUGCAGCUUAUGCUGAUAAAAAAAAUUGCGUGCGUACAAAGUACACAUGUCAGAAGUGAAACCUGCAUUGUUCAUGAACCUCUAAACUGCAUAUGAAGUCCUGGUAUAUGUUGCUAGGAUGACACAUGAUUUCAACCGCUAUGAAAGACAUUACUAUCACCGCUAACAUUUUUAUGUUCUCCUGGUGUCUAUGAGUUAGAGUAUAUUGAGGUAUACUUGCGUCAUAUAUAAGACAAUCUCUUCUUAACUAUGAUCGCCUGGUACCAAAACACUGUAUAAUGCUUCCUAUCUCAUUUUCUCCAACUAAAUCUUAUGAAUUUAUGUCCCUUUUUACUGUCUUGUUUCAUCGACUCGAAUCACAACGAUGCUAUAGAAGUUUCCACUCCACAAAGUGAAGUGGAGUCUAAACACACUGCUGUUUUAUCUUCAUAAAUUUCUGAAUGUAAAAUUGUAAAAUAUGUGAUAUCACACUAGGUAAGGCAGGGCCUCACAACUGUGACCAGUUAUGACACGGACAGGUGAGAGAAGUCAAAUAACGGGUUGCACUUAAACACUAACCUUGUUCAUUUUUGAAUAUUUUGGAAUGGUUAGGGUAUAAUUCCGCACGAAUUGCUUUAUUUAUCAGUAUGAAAGUACUAGCAUUUAUGUGGUUAAAUACAAUAUUCAUUUAUUGCGCUAUCGUACACAAAAAUGACACUUUAUAUUACGUAAAAAAUUUAACACUUCAGAACUUUUACAAUUAAUUUACAUUAACAAGUUGAUCCCUCAGAAAAAUCAACUUUCAUCCAUAAUUUUAACGACUGUCUUACGAAUUUUCGAUCAGGUCACGUGUCCUGACGCGAGUUUAACAUUUUCUACACAUCCCAAGAAAAGUGCUCAACGCCGCUAAAGAAGUUUUCACUUUAAAAAUCAUGAAGUCGAGCAACGCAAUUUAUAGAUGGCCCUAAGGAUGUUUUAUUGAACCGGCUGACCGAAAGUGUACUUUGAUCGUUUAAUUCUAUUAUUGUAAAUAUGCUUAAAUAAUACUAAUUGUUGUAAAUACUAUAUUGAAUAGUAUUGUACAUGUACUUCUCUUUCCAUCUAUUGUCUUUUUUCUCUCUCUCUCUCUCUCUCUCUCUCUCUCUCUCCUAUAUCAAUUUUGAUACAGUUUUAAUAGUUGUAUGAGUUGCGAAAUAUGUACAGUUUUUAUUGUAAUGAUACUAUACAGGUGGUUUUUUGAUAAGGGUGGUGAUGGCCGUGUCGGAAAUUACGAGACUUAGAGGAAAGUCGUAAAAAGAGUCAUGCCCUCGAUUUAUAAGAAUAUAACUGUAUAUUUAGUUUUUUUAAAUUUCUUGAAUUUUGUCGAAACUCGACCCGAAUGAUUUUUGUCAAAAAAAAUAUACCCUGAAUUAUUCAACCAAUGGACUCUGUUGCUGAUGAGAGUUAAACUUUGGAAAGAUAUGUAUCGAGGGCAUGACUCCUUUAACGACUUUUCUCUAAGUCGCGUAGUUUCCGACUUGGCCCUUCCCAAAAAGCCACCCUGUAUAAGUGUGAUUUAUUAAAUGUUAAAAAUAUUAAUUUAAUUGAAUAUUUGAGGGAUCACCUAAUAAUGGUAGCUGGUCAUCGUCCUUUACAUAUUCCAGGAUAAAGUAUUAUUUUAAUUAUCCACAGAGUACGCGUUUUAAAGAAAAUUCUAAUUAUUAAUAUUCUAACGUUCAUUCCUUAGAUAAUUUAUACGUCUGUGUAGUCUCUUGCUGUUAGACAACUGAUAAAAACAGGCUGGGAAUAUUACUUUAGUGUGCGUUACAAGCACUUGCACUUGCGAUUUGUAUGUCACUUUGUGUUAGUGUGCGUGCAUUGCUCAACAUAGAGGCUAAAUCUAAACUCAUUUUUUUUUUCGACAUUUUCAUAGCUGUCAUAGUCUAUCUAGGCAAAUAAAUGAUCUAAGCUUUAUUCCAUAUUGAAGCUAUUAAUUGAGAUACUAUUCUUAAAGUGUAAAGAAAUUUAUAAAAGCUUUGAUGGCGCAAUAUUAGAAUCGUUGACCGGCACCACGAGGCUCCUGGUUCGAUUCCCGCCACGUACCAAUUUAUUUUCGGUUUUCAAAUUAAUAUGUACGUUAAUUCAACGAUUUAUAAGGUCGGCAACGCUCUUGUGAUUCCUCUGUUAUAAGAAUAUGAGACGCGGUGAUCACCUACCAUCAGGUGACCCUUAUGUAUGCUCGUUUGCCCUCCUAUUCCAUAAAAAAAAGUAUGAACAUGGCGCAAUGUACAAUACCAUUUAAAUUACGAUACGUUUGUACUCCUUUCAUUAAAAAGUGAUUUAACAAAAUUUGCUGAAAUAGUUAGCCAAAUCUUAGAAGAUGAUCGAGAUAAAUAAAAUAAAAGUCAUAGCCCAUCAGAUCAAAUUUUCAAAAUCAAAAUUGAAUGUCCACAUUUUCUGUUUUUACUAUUUAAAUACUUAUCAUUCGUUAUACCCAAAUAAUGUGCUGUUUCGUUGAAUUUGUAUUAUAACAUUAGUUACAGAUAUGUAUAUACAGGUUAUAUUAUAAAUUAUGUAAAUUAUAUUUUAUACAGUAGCUAGGUAGUGUUAUAAGUGAUAAUAUUUAUCAGCAUUGUAUAAAAUUGUUGGAUGUCUUUGUUUGAGAAACGAGGUUUAUUUUUCUGUCAAAUUCUAACGAUGUUUUUUGUGAAUAACUGAUAUUACAUUUUAAUUAUUUA